AUGUCCGCUCCCACCCAGGACCAGAUCAAAACCCUCGAACAAUCCCGCCAGCGACUGGUACAACUCACGCGCUCUCUCGCCUCUCUCAUCACCAGUCUCCAUCAAGGCGAGACCCUUCCACCCUGGUCCUCCCUCCAAUCCCAAGCCAGCAUCAUCUCCAACAACCUCCUCAGCGUCUCCGAACACCUCUCCGAGAACCACGAUCUCCUGAGCUCUCUCGUCGCCUACCCGGGCCCCUCAUACCCCGGCCGCACCCAAUCGAACAUCCUGGAGCAACUGCUCCGUACGAAACUUGACCCCCGCGUCGACGACUGGGUCGCGCGCGGUCGCAAGGCCGGCGAUUCCGCGUUGCAAGACAUCGCCGGGCUCAGUGAGUCGCAGCUCGCGGAGCUGUGGCACUGGGCGCCGGUGGAGGCGAAUCAGCAGGCGAGGGGCCGGAACUGGGGUGGGAAUUUCACGCUGGAGGAGAGGAACAUGGGCGUGCAGAAUGUGGUGACGGGGUUGAAGAGGCAGUUGGAGGAUGAGGAUGACGAGGGGAGGUCGGAUGAGGAAGAGGAGGAUGAGGUCGAGGAUGAGAUGGAGGUUGUGGGCGUGAGGCGCAAGUCGGGCGCGGGGAGUGGCUUGGAGUUUGAUAUUGCGGCCGCGACGCAUCAGAAGCCUACGGGGCCGGUUGUGCCGUUGAAUGAGAUCUUGAGGUUUAUGACUACGGGGGCGCCGCCGGGGCAGCGGUGA